GGAAAAGGAUCCCACAUUUCUCUCGCGUCCACCUCAUGUCUCUCUUUCUGAGCCAUUGAUUAUCUAAGGAAUGUGACAGAAGGGAAGGAGGAGGCAAACAGCAAAUUUGCAUGAGUCCAUUAACUCAAAGAUUUUAUCUGUCUUCCAAAAACAAACCAGCGAAUUCCAAUAUAAACUCCACACUUUAUCAUCAAAAAUCCUCUCUCUCUCUCUCUCUCUCUCUCUCUCUGGUCGCGGUAAUUAACACGAUGUCUUUUGCCGGAACGACCCAGAAGUGCAAUGCCUGCGACAACACGGUGUACCUGGUCGAUAAACUGACCGCUAACAACAGGGUCUACCAUAAGGCGUGCUUCCGGUGCCACCACUGCAGGGGGACCCUCAAGCUCAGCAACUUUAAUUCCUUCGAGGGGGUCCUGUACUGCAGACCACAUUUCGAUCAGCUCUUCAAACGCACCGGCAGUUUGGCCAAGAGUUUCGAAGGUACACCAAAGGUCCCAAAACCUGAAAGACCUGCUGACAACGUGAUUCCUUCCACGAAGGAUGUCUCGAACAUGUUUGCUGGAACCAGGGAUAAGUGCAUGGGCUGUACCAAGACCGUCUACCCAAUUGAGAAGGUUACGGUGAAUGGGACUCCGUACCACAGGAGCUGCUUCAAGUGUACCCAUGGAGGCUGCACUAUCAGCCCGUCGAACUAUAUAGCACACGAGGGGAAGCUCUAUUGCAAGCACCACCACAUUCAGCUGUUCAAGGAGAAAGGAAACUACAGUCAGCUCGAGAAUGAUAAGACCAGCUUGGAGGUUGCAAAGGCAAUGAUCCCAAUGGAGGUUGCCGCCGAAUCGUAAAAGAGCUCCCCUGAUUACCCUGUUCCAUCGAUUGUUGAUGCUGGUUGAAAUUCGAUAUGCUCAAAAGAAAUUUGUCAUAGCGUUCUUUAGUCAGUUCCUGCACUCUUUCAUACUAAUGUAAGCUCAGCAUAAAGCAAAGACGAGAGGAAAAUAAAUUCAAUCUAAGCUCAAAACCCGAAUACUAGUCUA